AUGUCAGAUGAUUCGCAAAUAGCUGAAUUUGUAUCAAUUACAAAUGCUUCAAAAUCUUUGGCUGAACAGUAUAUUCAAAGAAAUAAUGGAGAUUUAGUUGAAGCAAUUGAAGAUUUUUACGCUAAUAAUGAACAUUCAAGUCAAACGUCAGAGCAACAUCAACCACCAAUUGCUGCUGCUAAAUCCAACUCCAAACCAAAAAAACCAUCAAGUGGGAUUAGGACAUUCCGAGACUUGAACGAAGAUGAAGAUGAUGAGGACGAACGGACUAAUAAUAAUUUCUUCACUGGUGGUGAAAAAUCAGGAUUGCAAGUUGAAGAUCCUAAUAAAGAUCGUGAUAAAAGUAUAAUUGAUCAAAUUUUUCAAAGAGCAAAAGACCAAAUGAAUUUGCCUGAUGAUAGACCAAGUGCGUCCAGUCUGGGACAACCUGCUCAAGAAUCAUUUCAAUUUUCCGGAACAGGCUUUAAAUUAGGUGAUGGAAAUGAACCAAGUGAACCAGUUGAAGAUCCAAAUGCAAAUAUGAGAAAUUUAUUAAAUAAGCUAAAACCAAAAAAAGUUAAUAGAGAGAUAACGUUUUGGAAACAAGGUUUUACAGUUGGAGAUUCAGAAUUGUACAGUUAUAAUGAUCCUAGAAAUCAAAGAAUAUUGAAUGAAAUAGAACAAGGAAGAGUUCCUAUUAAUAUUUUACAAGUCGAUCCACAAGAUGAUGUUGACGUAACAGUUUCAAAAAGAACAGAUGAAGAUUAUGCUCCACCAAAAAGAAAAGUUGGAGGUUAUCAUGGAUCAGGUCAUAGAUUAGGAUCACCAGUUCCUGGGGAACCAAUUACAAGCUCCAACGCAACCACCACUACGUCUUCAACUCCUACCAAUACUGAAACGAGCAAGAACUCCUCAUCCUCCGCUACACAAGAUUCAAAAUUUUCAAAUGACCAAGGUAAUGGUGACACAUUAGUUCAAAUUAGAUUUGCUAAUGGAAAAAAAGUAUCUCAUAAAUUCAACUCAACCGAUAGCAUUAAAACAGUUUACAAUUUUGUCAGAAAUCAUGAACUUAACAGUGAUAAGGAAAGAAAUUUUACAUUGAGUCAUGCUUUCCCAGUGAAACCAAUUGAAGAAAGUGAAGAAUUAACAGUUGCUGAUGCAAAUUUGAAAAAUGCGGUUAUAGUACAAAGAUGGGUGUAA